AUGCCGGGUGUACCAUCGGGACGGGCCUGUGAAGGGUGCCGUCGGCAGAAGAAAAAGUGCGACGAGAAACAGCCCGCCUGCUCACGAUGCAUUCGUCUCAACUUGGACUGCGUGGGCUCGGGCCAGCAGCGGUUCAAAUUUAAGCAGGAGCGCGGGUUCUCUCAUGAUGUGAAACGGUCCGGUCGGGCCCUUUCGCAUAAGGCUAGCCCAAUGCCGACAAGCAACAUAGUCGCCGUGGGCCCGUCCACAUGUCCCAGCAAUAACCUUACUCUCUUGACGAAUGCCUUUGUCGGAAGCAUCAAGAGAUCAACCGACCUACGUUAUAACCUCUGGUGGUCCUUUGGCAUGUUCCUCGAGGAAGUGCCCCGACGCCUCGGCAGCAAUGAGGCCCUAGACCGUGCGGUGGACGCUGUGACCAGUGCACAUGCGAAUUUCUGUGCCCGUCGAACCAUGUCGGUGAAUACGCUGUCCAAAUAUUCGCGUGCUCUGGUUGCACUUCGCAAUUGCUUGGAUGACUCUGGCACUGCGCAGUCUUCUAACACGCUUUGUGCCGUGAUGAUACUUCUGGUCUGCCAGAUCUUCCUUGGCCCGAACGGGACCGGCUGGACGGGCCACGCCGAAGGUGCGGCGCAUAUACUUCGGGCCCGGAAGGAUUUUGGGCCUCGAGAUGAAUUCGAGGGUAAAUUAUUUCUAUCUCUCCGUGGCAGCGUGCUGUUUGAGGGUAUUUUCAACCACAAAAUAUCCCUUAGCACAGAAGAGUGGGAGAGUCUCGUUCAAAAUGACCUCGACAGUGAACGUCCCGAGGGCCAGAUGUUGAAAUACCUGGCCCGGGCCCCCGGGUUAAUGCAACGCGGCAGAGAUAUUCUACAAUACAGGGGCGACCCGACAGACCUGCAUGCCGAGACGUGGGCCGUGUAUGAAAAAUGCAAAGAAUUGUUGGCGGUCAUGAGUGCCGAUGCGACAGCUAGUGAGGCCGCUGCUCCAGGCCCAGGUCCCGAGACGUUGCUCUCCCGGAUUCUGCGCGCUCACUACCAACGCAUGUAUGGAAUCGGACUCGCAAUUGUUCUUUUCUUCAAUUGCAUGCUUGGUGCAUUGGAUUCCGCGAAUAGCAUUGUUAUGGCUGAUGCGGCCUACUUUGCCCACGAGGUCCUCGUGCAGGCUCAAAGUGCAGCGAGGUAUCGGCCCGUUGGGGCUGGCUAUCUCAUGGCCUGUCUGCCAGCUGCAUGGGCAGCCACAGCAGACCCGGAGCUACGGAUUUUGCUCGAAGCAGAGCUUCGCAAUUACCAGGAGGACUUUCAUCGGCUGCCUUUGGCUGGUCAACGAGCUGAGCUGGAAUGGACGGGUCGGCAUCUACGACUCGGGAGGUCCUGCUACGAGUCAUAA